AUGGCCGAGCCAGGGCCAGAGCCCGGGCGCGCAUGGCGGCUGCUCGCCCUGUGCGGGGCAGCCGUGUUCCUGGCGGCGGCCGCGGCCGGGGGAGCGCUGGUGGCCUGGAACCUGGCCGCCUCGGCCGCCCGGGGGGCUCCUUGCCCCGAACCAGAGGUGCACAACGCCACGGUGCCGCCGCCGACGCCGCCCAGGGUGCCCGAGGCCGAGGUGCGGGAGCUGCAGCGCAGGCUGGCCGAGGCGGCCCAGCGCGCAGAGAGCCUGAGCGCACAGCUGGUGCAGGCGGAGCGCGGCCGUCGGGGGCUGCAGCAGGCUCUGAAGGCCUGCGAGAACCAGCAGGACCGGCUCCAGUCCCAACUCACUACCCUCAAGAUGGAGAUGGAUGAGGCUAAGGCGCAAGGCACCCAGAUGGGGGUCGAGAACGGGGCGCUGGCAGAAGCCCUGGCGCGCUGGGAGGCGGCGGCCACUGAGUCGGCUCAGCUGCUGGAGGAGGCGCAGCGGCAAGUGGGCACCGCUGUGGCCCAGAGCGAAGCCUGCGCGGCCCGGGAGGUGACGCUGCGGGAGCGCGUUCACUUCCUGGAAGUCCAGCUCGGUGGUCCCCAGCGCAAAGGCCCGCGCCCUGGAACGCGCUCCAGGACCCGGGUCCGUCCUGGCUCGCGCUCUCGCUCUAGGACUCGACCCUGCCGACGCCCCUUGCACCUGGUCAGCGCGAGUGAGCCCCCCACAGGAUGGUAACUUGGGGACGCACGGCAGGAACCGUUCAGGACACACGGAUCCUGAACGGGAGCUGCUCAGGAAGACACCUGGGCGUGAUCGGCUCUGCCAUCCACCCACCCUCAAACACACACACACACACACACACACACAAGGACUGCGGACUCGGGCGGGGUCAGGGGCCCUCUUGGAGCCUUAGUUUACCUGGUCUAUACAAUGGGUGCCUGGGAUGCUGUUUUGGAAGAAUUGGUGUUUUCUUA